GUCCUAGACGGCAUAAAAAGUAAUCGGCAACAAAUAUAAUGAUAUACGAUGAUCAGUUGGACAAAUGUUAAAGUUCUAUCGUCGGUGCUUCUCGGUUGAAGCGUCAUUUUACUCAGGGAAUAUACAGGCGUAUAUCCUUUUUCUAUGAUGAGACGAGAAUGUAUAUAUUUGUUUCUUUUCUUUUUUAUUUCUUUUCGAAUCUGCAUAGAUUCGCAUUUAAAGCAAUGCAAUAUUCUCGAGAACUCAAUGAUAAUUGUAUCGAACUAGAUCGAACACAACAAAAAGAAAAGCAAUUGGAGCAAGUGGCAUUACACCAGGAUAUUGUUUCAGACAACCACUUUUUGAAAAAUAAAUGGGAACGCCAUAAAAAUCAGGAUCAAUGGAACAAGUCGAGCAAUCAUGACAACGAACAACUUUAUUUCAAGGCCAAAGAAAGUACAUCGACCUCUCUUCGUUCCCUUAAUUCCUCUUUAACACCCAACUAUUCUUUGAAUAAUAGCACAGUCUCAGAUCUAAAUACAUAUUUGUACCAGCCUUAUCCUACCCUUCCUAGAACAACUACAUAUAGACAUCGGCUGACCACUACUUUGUGGGAAGAUGAGAAUACAAUAUGUUAUCAAGUUGAUUGUCGAGGGAUAUGUGUUGCUCGUCGACAAGAUAAUGACAUGAUCAAUGGUACCAAAUUAUUAAAUGUAGCAGGCAUGUCUCGAGGUAAAAGAGAUGGUAUCUUAAAAAAUGAGAAAGGAAGAGUCGUUGUCAAGAUAGGUGCGAUGCAUCUUAAAGGUGUUUGGAUUUCAAUUGUAAGAGCUAAAACGCUUGCCAGCCAAUUUAAAAUUCUAGAUACACUUUACCCACUCUUUUCAGACGAUCCGACUGUUUAUUUAUACCCGUCGCAUUUUCGUCAAAUGAAUCGAUUGAAUCAAUAUUCAAGAUCAAGAGCAGCUUCAUCCUUUCAUAAAGCAUAUAGAAACUAUUCAUCUUAUCAUAAUAUUAUGGAUGAUAACUUAAGAACGUCUUUUACAAAUGAUCCAAGCUCGGCUUCAAAUGAGGAUAUAUAUGGCAUAUAUCAUUGCCAUUCCUCCUCCUCAUCAUCAGCAGUGCCACAUGGUCUUGUUGAUUUGUAUUUACAAGACAAAGAUUAUACCGAAAAUUCUGCCGCUUCUUCUAGUCAGUUUAUAACGAAAGGACCAAAUCUUAAUUCAAUUGCAAACAGCAGUAAAGAACAACAAGAAUUACUUGGCAAUACCAAGCGGCAUUCUACUGAAAAUGGUGUUUUCAUGUCAAAAAAGGCUUCUACAGAUCAAGAGUUUCCAAAUAACCACUUGUUUCUACCAUAGAUGCUUUUUUAAAGAUAGGAAUUUGUAUACUACAUGACACAAUGUGAAGGUUUCCCUUAAACCUGAUUACGAAAGUUUCAAUUAAUUGGAAGGCUUUACUUUUAGAAAUAAAAAUAGUGUGACUAUAGAUAACGGAUCGGAAAAAAGAGAAUUAGAAUGAGCAAGCACUUUUUUGUA